AUGGCAGAUUCCUUCAAGACAUGGUAUUUGAUUGUGAAUGACAAAACAACUGACUGGGCCAAAGUUCCACUAGCAACACAAAAUUAUGAAGUGGAGGAUGUAGACGACCUUAAGAAAGCUCUUAGCAAAGCGAUGAAGGAUGCUUUCGAAAUCAACAAGCCAUAUGGCCUGUUGACCGCCAAGGCCGUAAAGAAGGUCGAUGACUACAAACCAGAAAACUUACAGACACUGAAGAGUCAAGCGAAAGAGCUGAGUGGAUUAGACACACUUACCUUGGUCUUCCAAUACCUCGAAGUGGAUGGCGCAAAUGAUCUAGUUGACGCAAAUGGAGAGAUCGAUUAUGCUACAGCUCGAAAAUCCACAAAGUGA